GAUUUGUGUGCUAAGUACUCAGGUGAGGAAUUAUGCCGCCUAUUGUGGGCCUGUUACUUUUCUGUCUCGUGGAUGUAAGAGGGGAAAACUCUUCGUGUCAAAUAUACGGGACAAAAGAACUGUCUCAGUUUUCUAAGGAGGGAGAUAUCAUCAUCGGAGGUAUUUUCUCCUUCCACCAGAACCCGGUCACAGUCAGUCCAGCACUCACAAUCAACCCGGGAGCAAUCCAGUGUAAAGGGCUGGAAAUAGGUGAGCUUCAGUAUGCGUACACCAUGAUGUUUGUGAUAGAUGAAAUUAACAACAGCACUGAACUGCUGCCAGACGUGACACUCGGUUAUAGGAUCUUUGACUCCUGCCCAAGCAUACCUCUGUCUAUCAGGUCAUCGCUGAAUCUAAUGAAUCCACAUGAAGACAGUGAGGGGUUGUGUAGCAACCUCUCCAACGUGUAUGCUGUCAUUGGGGACACAACUUCCACCUCUACUAUAGGCAUAGCACGCACGCUGGGUCCCUUCAGUAUACCUGUGAUCAGUCAUUCAGCCACUUGUGCAUGUCUCAGCGACAGGAGAAUCUACGCGUCCUUCUUUCGAACCAUACCGAGUGACAUUCAUCAAAGCAAAGCACUAGCAAAGCUUGUGAAACACUUUGGCUGGACUUGGGUGGGAGCAAUCCGAACUAACAAUGACUAUGGAAAUGGUGGCAUGGCCAGCUUCUUGGAAGCAGCAACAAAGGAAGGCGUGUGCGUUGAGUAUUCAGUCGCCAUCUACCGAACCGACCCCAGGAAGUCAUUCCUACAAGUCGUGGAUAUUAUGAGAAAAUCCACCUCUAAGGUCAUAGUUGCUUUUGCAGAUGCGACAGAUCUUGAUGUACUCAUGAAAGAGCUCCAUGCCCAGAAUGUGACAGGCCUGCAGUGGGUGGGAAGCGAAGGCUGGAUCACGUAUCGUUACUUUGCCUCUCAGGCGAACUACGCCGUGGUUCAGGGGGCCGUAGGCUUCGCAGCACUGAAUGCUCACAUCCCUGGGCUGCAGGAGUUCCUCACCAACAGCAGACCAUCCACCGCACCAGGAAAUCAGGGACUCGUUGAGUUGUGGGAAACACUCUUUGACUGCACCCUGUCACCAAAAACAGGGAUUUACCCACAGGAUCGUGUUACAGUUUGCAGCGGCACAGAGACUCUGCGGGAUGUAAAGACGCGAUUUACUGAUGUUUCAGAUGCCACCCUGUUGAAUAAUGUCUACAAAGCCAUAUACGCUGUUGCUCAUGCUUUGAGCAUGCUGUUUAAUUGCAAAGAUGGAGAGGGGCCCUUUGAGAACAAUACUUGUGCUGACAGGCAAAAUUUUCAACCAUGGCAGGUGUUGCACUACCUAACGCAGGUAAAUUUCACCAGUAAAACUGGUGAAAAUGUUUUCUUCGACGAGUUUGGUGACCCCGUCGCACGUUACGCACUGGUAAACUGGCAACUGGAUAAGACAGGGUACAUACAGUUUGAAACUAUUGGUUAUUAUGAUGCCUCCAGACCUGAAGGUCAGCAGUUUGAGAUGGAAGUUGGAGUGAGAGCCAUCUGGGCAGGAGAAAGUCAUGAUGUGAGUCAAAUUAGACUCUCUGUUCACUGUGGAGUUUGUGUUUACAUUGUUUCAGCUUUAAAUAAUGUCUCUGUGUGUCAGGUACCGACAUCCAUCUGCAGUGACAGCUGUUUGCCUGGCACUAGUCGGGCUUUCAUUAAAGGCAAACCCGUCUGCUGCUUUGACUGCAUCGUCUGUGCUGAGGGGGAGUUCAGCAACAGCACAAGUGAGGCGGUGGGAUUUGUAGCCUUUACCCUGGUGCUCAUUGUGUUUCUGAUGGGUAAAAUCACUGCCAGCACUUUACUGGUAUACUUGAAGAUGUGUUCUCUGCACAGCUUAAACAUAUUUAUCCUUUCAGAUGCAGUGAAAUGUGAAAAAUGCCCUCCUGAGUACAAGUCCAGUGAAGAGAGGAACCAAUGUAACUUAAAAUCAGUUGAGUUCCUCACCUUCACAGAACUAAUGGGUAUAACGUUGGUCACCUUGUCUUUCGUUGGUGCAAUCUCAACAGUGGCUGUAAGCCUGAUAUUUUUCUGCCAAAGACACACGCCCAUUGUCCGAGCCAACAACUCUGAGUUGAGUUUCCUGCUGCUGUUCUCCUUGGGGUUGUGCUUUCUGUGUUCUCUGACCUUCAUCGGCCGACCCUCUGAUUGGUCCUGCAUGCUGCGCCACACAGCUUUCGGCAUUACCUUUGUCCUCUGUGUGUCCUGUAUUCUGGGGAAAACAACGGUGGUUUUGUUGGCCUUUCGGGCUACCAUUCCUGGCAGCAAUGUGAUGAAAUGGUUUGGCCCUCCACAGCAGAGAGUCAGUGUCUUAGCUCUCACACUUGUACAGGUUUUGAUUUGUAUAAUAUGGCUAACAGUCAGCCCUCCCCAUCCAUUCAAAAACACUCAAUAUUACAGCGAGAAGAUCAUUCUAGAGUGUGCACUUGGAUCACCUUUGGGCUUCUGGGCCGUAUUGGGAUAUAUUGGGGUUUUAGCUAUGUUGUGCUUUGGAUUGGCCUUCUUAGCCAGAAAGCUUCCUGACAAUUUCAAUGAAGCUAGGUUAAUCACUUUCAGCAUGCUGAUAUUCUGUGCCGUGUGGAUAACUUUCAUUCCAGCUUAUGUGAGCUCUCCUGGGAAAUUCAGUGUGGCUGUGGAGAUAUUUGCCAUUCUGGCUUCAAGUUAUGGGAUGCUGCUCUGUAUUUUUUUGCCUAAGUGUUACAUCAUUUUAUUUAAACCCCAAAACAAUACAAAGAAACAUUUGAUGAAUAAAAGCACACUUUAAGAUGUAUGUCUCAACUAAAAAAACGUAAAAAUAAUCAUACCAUUGUGGUCUUUCUCAUGGAGAAAAUAUUAAUGUUAAAAUUGUUCAAACUAAUGGCGUGCCCUCGUGCAUUAAGAAUCGGCAGUAUUUAUUACGCCUGUGAAUUUGAAACUCCAACCAGAAAAGUAAAGCAUUGUAAGGUCAAUCCGAGUUUAACAAUUGUAUGUGUGAACAAUUUUAUUGGCACUUGUGUCUAUUUGUAUCUCAUUAAACAAGAGUAAGAAGCUGAGAAAUACAUUAUAUAAGUUAUAGUAGUUAACUCUACAAAUCUCACUGGAUUUCUCUCUCUGAUGAAAAUGUUCCUGUGGUGCUAGCUAAGAAAAGAUUUAACACAGCAUGUUGAUAUGCAAGGAACUCAAAAUGGA